AUGGUAGCUUCUGUAAGUACCUCCAGUGUCGCCCAGGCCUGGAGUGCCACAUUUGAUGAACUCCUCCACGAGAAGAUGGGGAGGUUUUUUGGCACCUACAUGGCCAUGAGGUCUCCGGGACUGGCAGAGUAUGCAGACAUCUUCGCUGUCUGCCUCAUCGUCAUGCUGGCAGGGCUCCUUUCCUUUGGGGUGAAGGAGUCUACCACAGUCAACAAACUAUUCACAGCCAUCCACGUGCUCUUCCUGCUGUUCAUCACAGUGAGCGGGUUCAGCAAAGGGGACCUGAGGAACUGGAGGAUGAGUGAGGAUGACCUGCUGAGGGCCGCUGCCCACCAAGCCAGGUGCGAGCGUGGGACCAGUGAGUUUGGAGUUGGAGGGUUCAUGUCCUAUGGUUUCACUGGGACACUGGCCGGAGCCGCGACCUGCUUCUACGCUUUUGUUGGGUUCGACUGCAUUGCUACCAUGGGGGCGGAAGUGAAGAACCACCAGAAAUCCAUCCCGGCAGGGAUCGUCAUCUCGCUCUUGGGCUGCUUCCUGGCAUGCUCUCGGGUUUCGGCUGCCCUGACUCUCAUGAUGCUGUACCACCUCUUGGACCCCAGGAGCCCACUGCCUGGGUGGAGCGUGGCCAAGAACGUUGUGGCCGUGGGGUCGCUGUGCACCCUGGCCACCAGCCUGCUCGGCUCCAUGUUCCCAAUGCCACAGAUCCUACUUGCCAUGGCCAGAGAGGGGCUCCUUUUCAGGCCUCUGGCCACAGUCAGCAGCCGCCAAAGCCCAGUGGUAGCAACUCUGGCGUCUGGUGCAGUGGCAGCCAGGAUGGCUUUCCUCUUUGAUCUGAAAGUCCUGGUGGACAUGAUGUCCGUCGGCACUCUGCUGUCCUACACCCUGGUGGCUAUCUGUGUCCUUUUUCUCAGCCUCUCCUCCAGAAGUACCGGCCUGAAUCCAGCACUCAGGACCCCUCAGAUGGAAAGAUCCCCGCCACAAGGCUCUGGAUGAACUUCCUCAUCCGCCCACCCGUGCGUCCAACUCAAUGCUCCUCCAGCCUGGUGUCGUAUGCCGUGACACUAGCCGCCAUCCUGGUCUGCGUUGUGAGCAUAGUGACCACAGCAGGGCUGGAGUGUCUCUCUUCUGGAGGAGCCUGGUGCAUUGCCUGUCUGGUUCUCCUUCUGCUGGGGAUCCUCGGGGUGUUGCUGGCCAUCUGGAGGCAGCCUCAGAGCCAGAGGAAAGCGUCCUUCAUGGUGCCUUGUCUGCCGUUUCUGCCCCCUGUCAGCAUCCUAGUCAACAGCUACCUGAUGGCCCAGCUCAGCGGUGUCACCUGGCUGCGGUACGUGGUGUGGAUGGCGAUUGGGUAGAAGAAAGAUGCUGGCUGUGUCUGUUUCCGGAGAGAGGAAUGGUACCUUUUGGGAGGGCAGUGGCAGUUAUGUGACCUCCGAAAGAAGGAAGAGGUCACCCUUCCCUGUUUUGCGUGCUGCCAGGUCUCCUGAUUUACUUUGGCUAUGGGAUCCGCCACAGCACCGAGAGACGUGGGGCCAUAGGGAUGUCGGCGCAGGAGAAGGCAGAGGGCACAGCAGGUGAUGUGGACGCAGACACUAAUACUUGAAAAAACUAACUCUGGGGAGCCCAUGACUUUGAACAGCAGAGCUCUCCGUAGAAGUACAGCCCGUUUCUGACCACAGCUGAUUUCUCCCAGUUAUUAAAACUGGUGUUUAAACAACCCCCCACCCUUCCUCUGAUCGUACAUCGAAAUAUUAGCCAUAUGGGAACAUGCCCUGCUCUAGGUGAUGGUGGUGGUUGUCCUUUGGGUCACUGCUUUCUAGAAUGGGGUAAAUAUCCAGGGACUCGUCAUUUAGGCAAUGGAUCUCACCUCUUUUUCUGUUGGCAAGCUGGCUGCUGGAAACGGAGUGGGAUUGUCUGGGGUUCAUUCAUUGUCCCGCAGUUCUGAUGAAGGAAACCCCUAGCAGAUUCCCAUGGUAACAGGCUCACUUCCCUCCCCAAGGGCCAGUUUGUCUGUUCACAAGGUCCCAUCCGUAGGAGCUGGCUCAGGGAUGAGACUCUCUCUAAGAGAUUCCCCCCAUCACCCUGUGGUGGUCAUUGUCCCCUUCAUGGAAAAGGCAGUGGGGUCUGUUAACAAGCACGUCAGCUCCCCAGGGAUCCAUGGGAAGCCAGGCCAUCCACAUAGAGGCCAUGUUCCUCCACACCAGCCAUACUCCAGUCCUGACAGCUUCCCCACGCCAUCUCCAAUGGCGUCACACUAAUGGGGACCCCCUGGGCUGCAGCUGUCCAUGUGGAGGAAGGGGUGUGCUCUGGGGCAAAGAAAAUACAGCCCCUGGCUGCAUUCUCUUUACGGGGGAAAUUCCCUGGGGCUGGUGGGGAGGACAUGGGAGAGAGGAAGGAAUGGAGUUGAUGGCCAUACUUGGCCUUCCCUUCCCAUUCCUCUG